CCUUCUCUCGUUCAUCUUAUCUUCUUUAUCUCUCCAACUACUCGUUUCUGGUGGUCGCCGCCGAUGUGGUGAGCUCGUCGCCAUGGCCGCCGGCGACUCGAUGCGCCUCGUGUGGAUCGACGACGCGAGAUGCACCCCCUCUCCAUGGCCGCUCACAGCCAAGGGCGCACUCGUCUCCUUGUCCGCCUCCGCCAGCAGCUGGAUGUGCGCCCUCUCCAUGGCCGCCGCAGCCAGGGUGCGCCAGUCACCAUGGCCAAGCUGCAACCGGCCACAGGGGCGGCGAGUUCGUGCUGGAACCGAGGGAUUUGCUGGAACCGGCUGUUGUACAUGCUACAAGGUCGAUGCCUCGCCGGAGGAAGCUACAUCCAGCGGUGAAGAGUGUUGCAUCAAACGUCGUUCGAUGUCGGGAGCUGCAAGCGUGCAUGUCGGAGCUGCGACCGACUACUAGGGGAGCUGCAAGAGGGGAGGCCAUUUUUUGUGGAUGUGUUCUCGUUUUGCCGAACCAAUUAUGUUUUUGCUGGAACCGAUGUAUUUUUUUGCUGGAACCGAGAUAUUUUUUUGCCUCAACGAUUGCAGAGCUCUUAAAUGCUCAUGUCAUUUUUUGCUGGGACCUAAGUUCGUUUGUGCCGGAAGCGUUUCUGAUUUUGCUUCAACUGACCACUGGACUUUGACCCGCGGAGAAGAUUUUUGCUGCUUCCAAUUUUUGCUGCUUGGCACUCUGACCCCGGCGGGCGGGAGAUGCAGAGAUGCUACAAUUAGCCACCCGAGCGCUAUUAUCACUGGAAGCUGAAUCUAGCAAUUUGUUCUGCUACCACCAUCUUUUUUUAACUGAAAACAACUCCAAUUUUUGCUUUCACCAUGCUCUGUUUUUGUUGGAUGCAGCUAUAUUUUUUGCUUACACCAUGACGACGACUGGCAGCAACACGGCGACCGGCGGCCGGCAAUGACGACGGCGACCGGCGACCGGCGGGGAGGGCAGCAACAGGCGAGUGCGUCGGGCGGUGCUUCAAGGUCGAGCGCAUAGCUCAUCCAUGGAGGCGCGAUGGAAUUUUUUUUGUAAAAGAAGAAGCCUGACGAAAGAAGAUGAGGGAAUCGUACGGCUACACAUUAUUUUAUCGGACGAUGCUGGUAUGACCGGCCCAAAGUUGGGCCGGCGCGCCGGCGCCUAGUAGUGCCCAAAAAAGCAGCCGGUAGAUGAGGCGUGCUACGUGUGGCACUAGUAGAAAAAGGGUCAAAUGUGAAGCACAUUAGUGC